AUGUUGGGACUGCAGGAAGGCACAGUCUACAGCUCCCACGCGGCGCAGGGCGUCAGCGAGGAGGUGCUGAAUAUGCCAGCCAGCCUUCCAAGCCUGGACAACGUGUAUCAGUACUUCAGCCUCUUCCUGAACACGUACUCGGCGGAUUCGUUGCAGCAGGGCAAGUUGAAGCGGAUUCUGCUAGAGAACGUCAAGAACAACAACUACCUUCUUGAGGUGAAACUCGACGACCUCUUCCAGUUUCAGAACAUCGCCGAGCGAAACCCAAACCGCGAAGACGACUCCAUUGCUAAUCGGUUGAAGAAUCUGCAGAUGAAUCGCCCGGACGGCGGCGAUGUCAACAUGGAAACCGAUCGCGUCCUGCCGGCUACCUACGCCGGAGAGCUGGUUAGGGUGCUGACGGAACGCCCCCUAAUAUAUCUUUCUACCAUAGAAAGAGCUUGCUAUGACGUUUGUAAGCUCCACCAGAAGUUGGAUGAUGAGGACGAAGACUUCCACUUCAUUCAGAUCAACCUGCUGAACUCUUUCUGCAAGCCUACGCCAAUCAGGGCGUUGCUUGCCUCUAAACAGGAACGUUUCGUGGUUGUGCCCGGGAUCAUCGUCCAGGCUUAUCGGCCGCAGCACAAGAUGAAGACCAUGACCAUACAGUGCCGGUACUGCGAUCACAAGAUGAAACUGGAUGUGCCUCUCUGGAUAUCCAAGCCGCAGGUGCCACGUACCUGCCGAUAUGCAGCAACUAUCAAGGCAACUGGAGGAGAAGCCGCAAACAUGGAAAACCAGCUGGGUUGCUUCAACGCACAAAACCCUUACGUGAUAUUGCCCAACGAGUGCCAUUUUGUGGACGUUCAGACUCUAAAACUACAGGAAUUAUCGGAAGACGUGCCUACGGGUGACAUGCCGCGCCACUUGCAGCUGAACGUGACGCGCUACCUGUGCGACAAAAUGAUCCCCGGUGACAGAGUGAUGGUGCACGGCGUUCUGACGAACUACAACGUUUCCACCCGUGGCACCGAGACAACAACAAUCGGCAGCUCGUACCUGCACGUUUUGGGCAUCGAAAAAUUGACCGAGGGCAAAGGCGAGUCCAUUGCCUUCGACCUCGAGGAGACCAACGACCUGGUGUUGCUUGCAACGCAGCCGGACAUUCACGAGAAGAUAUUCAAGUCGAUCGCACCGGCACUUUACGGGCUAGAAAAUGUUAAAAAGGCUGUUGCGUGCGCUUUGUUCGGCGGUAGUCGCAAGGAGGUCGGCAGUGACAACCGCGUGCGCGGUGACAUAAACAUUCUGAUGCUUGGGGAUCCGUCUGUUGCCAAAUCGCAGAUCCUCAAGUUCGUGGACCAUGUGGCUCCCAUUUCGGUAUACACGUCCGGUAAGGGCAGCAGUGCAGCCGGUUUGACCGCUGCAGUCGUGCGUGACAGGAUGGGCGUUUUUUCCCUGGAGGGGGGUGCCAUGGUGCUGGCCGACGGCGGUGUGGUCUGCAUCGACGAGUUCGACAAGAUGCGAGAGGAGGACGCGGUAGCGAUUCAUGAAGCCAUGGAGCAGCAAACAAUAUCGAUUUCCAAGGCUGGCAUAACGACCAUGCUCAACACGAGGUGCGCUGUGAUUGCCGCCGCCAACCCAACCUUUGGGUCAUAUUCGGACGACACUGACACCACGGAACAACACGAGUUCAAAACAACCAUCCUGUCCAGGUUUGACCUUAUAUUUAUGCUGCGCGACAAGGAGAAUGUGAGACGCGACACGACCCUCUGCAAGCACAUCCUUUCGCUGCACGCCAAACAGGCGCAGGCCACCAGCUGCCCGAUCCCCAUGCAGAAGCUGCGCAGGCUGAUACAGUACGCGAAACAGGCGGUGUCGCCGAUGCUGAGCAGCGAUGCCAAAGAUUCGUUGCGGAAUUUCUACGUUCAGAAACGCAGGGAAUAUCGGGAAGACAAGCGCAGCGCCACCAAGAAAAUACCGAUCACGCUCCGUCAGCUGGAGUCGCUGGUGCGAAUUGCGGAGAGCUUCGCGCGCAUGGAACUAUCGCCAAUCUCAACGGAGAAGCACAUACACAUGGCAAUUGAGCUUUUCAUGGUCGCCACCGGCGAAACCAUGAAGCAGUCGCUCGCCAUGGAGUCCAUGAGCCAGCACGAGCAAUUGAUGGUGAAGCAGGUGGAGGACUACAUUUUGCACCGCCUCCCCAAGGGCCACCGGCUCUCGCGCAGAUACCUAAUCCGAGACGUCGAGAGCAAGGGUUUCGCCAUUCAGCACAUAUCUAAGUAG